CUGUCCUAGUCGAACUACAACAAAUUCGUCGUGAUAGGCGCACGUUCCCUACCGGCCGGCCGGGAAUAUCUGCAGCGGGUACACGGCAACAUGUCAUCUCUUCUCUUCCGACUUGGGCGAUCCUUGUGGAAUUUCGUCAAGCAAAAAAUACUGCACCCAGCGACGAAGCCUCGUCGACGCAAUCUUCCCGUCCUUCGCGGCGACUUCAGGAGGCCGGCGCUCAACUGCCCCAGGUACAUCAUCUCCACGGUCUGCGAAUUCGCUCUCUUGAUCUGGCUGUUCGGGACGGCGUACUGCUACCUGACCUACGACCUGCCACGCGAGUUCUCCGUCCACUUGACGCCGAUCCCGAGCAACGCCAGCGCGGGGGCUCCGGCCGCGGCGACGUCCGUCCCCCGGGCCUUCGACGUCGUCCUGCACGCCGGCAACCGCCGCACCGCGGAGAGGUGCUACCACCACGGGGAGGGGGCGGUGACGUACGGCGGCUUCACCGUCGCGCCGGGCCGCGCGCCCGACUUCUGCGUGCCGUGGAAGGGGGCGCGCGAGGUGCCGUUCAGGCUGUCGUGGGACUGGAACGACGGCGUUGGUCUGCCGGAGAACCUGCGUGGCCGCAUCGCGGCGGCGGAGAAGGUCGGCGCCGUGGAGGUCGAGGUCCAGGUGCGGCUCCUCCGGGGAGGCGACGCCCGCUCCGGCACGGGCACGCCGACGUGGAUGUGGUGCAAGGCGGGGACGGGUGGAGCGCCUGGAGCCGUCACCCCCUGCACCGUGUUCGCUCCGCAGAACUGGUUUUCGCCCCUGGCCUAGCCGCCUCCGUUCCUUGCCAGAGCUCUUCCUCGACCCCUGCACCUCCCGCCACGGAUUCAACCAGAGUUCCACUGCUGAGGAUUGGAACCUCGUCCGGCCAGCCUAUUGGUGGCGAAAACACCGCCCCAGACACCAGCGUCCAAGCC